UGAUUUCUUGGUGGAGACUGUCACCCACCUCCCUCCUUUUUUUUCCCUCUUUUGAAUGCUUUGUGUUUUGCAUUAAGGGGCUAUUAACCGUUGGUUCCAGAGGAAUGGAGGAGUCAUUCAACGCGUGGCUCUGAAAGCAUCACCGAGAAGCAAACAAAAGGGGGGUGCUAUCUUGGGAACACUACCCCCUCCAACACAUGCGCACGCACACCUUUCUUGCUGCUUGCCACUUUGUGGAAAGGAGGGGGCCUCGAUUGGAUCACCUCUCUCUUUUCCUUCCAGGAUGGCUCGCUUCGGUGAGGCAAUGGCUGGCAGGCUGGGAUCUGGAGAUGCAGCCAUGGAACAGAACAGGAACCGCCAGGGAGCCCCUGCUACUUCAGGGGGAACCCCAGGAGCAUAUAAGCAAACUAAAGCUCAACGGGCCAGGACGAUGGCAUUGUACAAUCCCAUACCUGUCCGCCAGAAUUGCUUCACAGUCAACAGAUCUCUCUUCAUCUUUGGGGAAGAUAACAUUGUCAGGAAAUAUGCCAAGAAGCUCAUCGACUGGCCUCCUUUUGAAUACAUGAUUCUGGCAACCAUCAUUGCGAACUGCAUCGUUUUGGCCUUGGAGCAGCAUCUCCCUGAAGAUGAUAAGACACCUAUGUCUCGCAGAUUAGAAAAAACAGAACCUUACUUUAUUGGGAUCUUUUGCUUUGAAGCUGGCAUUAAAAUAGUUGCAUUGGGAUUUGUUUUCCACAAGGGAUCAUACCUGCGAAAUGGAUGGAAUGUCAUGGAUUUCAUUGUGGUCCUAAGUGGCAUCCUUGCAACAGCAGGAGCACAUUUUAACACCCAUGUGGACCUGCGGACUCUGCGGGCAGUACGCGUGCUCAGACCCUUGAAGCUUGUCUCAGGCAUUCCUAGUUUACAGAUUGUACUAAAGUCCAUCAUGAAGGCAAUGGUGCCUCUGCUUCAGAUUGGUCUCCUUCUCUUUUUUGCAAUCCUGAUGUUUGCCAUUAUCGGCCUGGAAUUUUACAGUGGAAAACUACAUCAGGCUUGCUAUGUAAACAAUUCAGGUGAAUUACAAGAGCUGGACCCGCCACAUCCCUGCGGGGUGCAGGGAUGCCCUGCAGGUUAUGAGUGCAGAGACUGGAUUGGUCCCAAUGAUGGGAUAACUCAGUUUGACAACAUCCUCUUUGCUGUGUUGACUGUCUUCCAGUGCAUUACCAUGGAAGGAUGGACUACAGUGCUGUACAAUACCAAUGAUGCCUUAGGAGCCACCUGGAAUUGGUUGUACUUCAUUCCCCUCAUCAUAAUUGGAUCGUUUUUUGUUCUCAACCUUGUCCUGGGAGUGCUUUCUGGAGAAUUUGCCAAAGAGAGAGAGCGAGUGGAAAAUCGCCGGGCUUUCAUGAAACUGAGGAGACAGCAGCAGAUUGAGAGAGAGCUGAAUGGUUACCGGGCCUGGAUAGACAAAGCAGAGGAAGUGAUGCUGGCUGAAGAGAACAAAAAUUCUGGCACGUCAGCCUUAGAAGUACUUAGGAGAGCAACUAUUAAAAGGAACCGGACAGAAGCCAUGAAUCGUGAUUCUAGUGAUGAGCGUGUGGAUAUCUCAUCUGUGGGAACCCCACUUGCUCGAUCCAGCAUCAAAAGUGCAAAAUUGGAUGGAGCCUCAUACUUCCGACACAAGGAACGCCUCUUGCGGAUCUCUGUUCGUCAUAUGGUGAAAUCCCAGGUGUUCUAUUGGCUUGUCCUGGGCAUAGUGGCCCUCAACACUGCUUGUGUGGCUAUUGUCCAUCACAAACAGCCUGCAUGGCUUACACAUCUGCUAAACUAUGCAGAGUUUAUAUUUCUGGGGCUGUUCCUCCUAGAGAUGUCUUUGAAGAUGUAUGGAAUGGGACCACGUCUUUAUUUUCAUUCUUCUUUCAACUGUUUUGACUGCGGGGUUACAGUGGGGAGCAUCUUUGAAGUAGUUUGGGCUAUCUUUAGACCUGGGACCUCUUUUGGGAUUAGUGUCAUGCGAGCCCUACGACUCCUACGGAUCUUUAAAGUCACAAAGUAUUGGGCUUCCUUGAGGAAUUUGGUGGUCUCUCUGAUGAGUUCUAUGAAGUCUAUUAUCAGCCUGCUCUUCCUCCUUUUCCUCUUCAUUGUAGUCUUUGCUCUACUUGGGAUGCAGCUUUUUGGUGGCAGAUUUAAUUUUAUGGAUGGCACUCCUUCAGCAAAUUUUGAUACCUUUCCUGCAGCCAUCAUGACAGUUUUCCAGAUAUUAACAGGUGAAGAUUGGAAUGAAGUGAUGUACAAUGGAAUUCGCUCUCAAGGUGGUGUCAGCUCAGGAAUGUGGUCAUCCAUCUACUUCAUAGUCCUCACAUUAUUUGGAAACUAUACCCUACUUAAUGUAUUCUUGGCCAUCGCUGUGGACAACCUAGCCAAUGCACAGGAACUGACAAAGGAUGAGCAGGAGGAAGAAGAGGCUUUCAAUCAAAAGCAUGCUCUACAGAAAGCCAAAGAAGUCAGUCCAAUGUCUGCUCCCAACAUGCCUGCUAUAGAAAGAGACAGAAGGAGGAGACACCACAUGUCGAUGUGGGAACCACGUACCAGUAAUCUGAGGGAGAGGAGAAGGAGACAUCACAUGUCUGUGUGGGAACAGCGGACUAGCCAGCUCCGCCGACAUAUGCAGAUGUCCAGUCAAGAGGGCAUCAACAAAGAUGAUCCUCCUCUGCUCAAUCCACAUGCCAGUAUUUUUCACAAAAAAAAGUUACCAGAAAGCUCUGGUCUGGAAAAGAUUGAGGGUGAUCAAGGGGGUAGGCCAGAGGAGACAAACGGAGAAGGUCUGCAGCAAAAACUUCCAGGGUCCAAACCCUGCCCCAGCAACCGGGAUGAUCAGAGAAGCCCAUCUCCUCAGGCCAAGAGGGAAUGGGAAACGUGGCAUCACAAAUCAUUUCAUGGGAAUUGUGAUAUCAAUGACCAGGAAAGCAAAGGGAGCGUAAGCUUUGAUGAAAGGGCUCGGCUCCGGCAGAGUCAGAGGCGUAGCCGACACCGCAGGGUGAGGACUGAACCGAAAGAGAAUAGAACAGUUAGCCAAGAGAACGGCCCAGAAGGAGUCAUGCCAGCAAAAGGAGAGCAGAAUGGGGAUCGUAAGGAAAAUGGAGAAGAAAAAGAGGCCGUUGCUGAAAAGGAACCAGUGGCUGACAUGGAACUGAAAAGGACCAGUGAAGCAACAGCAAAUAAUGCCGAGCUUCCCAUGCCUACCCAAGAUCCAAGUCUCUCGGAAGGUCACCAAAUGUUGGACAAAAGCAAGGAGGCCAGUCCAGUGAAGCAAGAUGGCAGCAGCCUAGAGAUAAGUGAACAAGCGCUUUUGGGUGACCUAUCAAUGGAGACAGAGAGGACUAUCAGCAGGAGUGAGCCUGAUCUUUCAUCUGUCACUGCCAACAAGGAUAAAGCGACAGAGAGCACUACCAUCAUGAUUGAUGUUCAAGACUCCACUGUAGUACAGAUUAGCAACAAGACAGAUGGAGAGGCCAGUCUGCUGAAGGAGGCAGAAACAAAGGAAGAGGAAGAGACAGAGACAGAGAAGAAGAAUAAAAAGCGAAAAAAGGAGAAGAGCUCUGAGACAGGCAAACCAAUGGUGCCCCACAGCUCCAUGUUUAUUUUCAGCACCACAAACCCAAUCCGAAGAGCUUGCCACUACAUUGUCAAUCUGCGCUACUUUGAGAUGUGUAUCCUUCUUGUGAUUGCAGCAAGCAGCAUCGCCUUGGCAGCAGAGGAUCCUGUCCUGACCAACUCAGAGAGAAAUAAAGUUCUGAGGUAUUUCGACUACGUUUUCACUGGCGUCUUCACCUUUGAGAUGGUCAUUAAAAUGAUUGAUCAGGGAUUAAUACUGCAAGAUGGCUCUUACUUUCGGGAUCUUUGGAACAUCCUGGAUUUCAUUGUGGUUGUUGGAGCGCUGAUGGCCUUUGCUUUGGCGUCCAACAAAGGUCGUGACAUUAAAACAAUCAAGUCCCUUCGUGUUCUACGCGUCUUGAGACCUUUGAAGACCAUCAAGCGGUUACCCAAACUCAAGGCAGUCUUUGACUGUGUUGUAACUUCUCUGAAAAAUGUCUUCAACAUACUCAUUGUCUACAAGCUCUUUAUGUUCAUCUUUGCUGUUAUCGCAGUCCAGCUUUUCAAGGGCAAAUUCUUCUACUGUACAGACAGUUCAAAGGAUACAGAGAAAGACUGUAUUGGAAACUAUAUAGACCAUGAGAAAAACAUGAUGGAAGUAAAAUGUCGACAAUGGAAGCGCCAUGAAUUCCACUAUGAUAAUAUCAUUUGGGCUUUGCUUACACUCUUCACUGUUUCCACUGGAGAAGGAUGGCCUCAAGUUCUACAACAUUCAGUAGAUGUCACUGAGGAAGAUCGUGGCCCCAGCCGUAGCAACCGCAUGGAAAUGUCUAUUUUUUAUGUGGUUUACUUUGUAGUUUUCCCUUUCUUUUUUGUUAACAUCUUUGUGGCUCUCAUCAUCAUCACUUUCCAGGAGCAAGGAGACAAAAUGAUGGAAGAGUGUAGCCUUGAGAAAAAUGAGAGAGCCUGCAUUGACUUUGCUAUUAGUGCAAAACCCCUCACCCGCUACAUGCCUCAAAACCGACACACUUUUCAGUACCGAGUUUGGCACUUUGUAGUAUCUCCGUCAUUUGAAUACACCAUUAUGGCUAUGAUAGCUCUUAACACUGUGGUUCUAAUGAUGAAGUACUAUUCUGCUCCAUAUACUUAUGAAUUGGCUCUGAAGUAUCUGAAUAUUGCUUUUACCAUGGUUUUCUCAUUGGAAUGUGUUCUGAAAAUCAUAGCUUUUGGUUUCUUGAAUUAUUUCCGCGAUACCUGGAACAUAUUUGAUUUCAUCACCGUGAUUGGCAGUAUUACAGAAAUUAUCCUGACGGAUAGUAAGCCGACAGUUACCAGCAGCUUCAACAUGAGCUUUCUGAAGUUGUUCCGGGCUGCCCGUCUCAUCAAACUGCUUCGCCAAGGGUAUACCAUUCGAAUUCUGCUCUGGACCUUUGUGCAGUCAUUCAAGGCUCUCCCAUAUGUCUGCCUUCUCAUUGCAAUGCUCUUCUUCAUUUAUGCAAUCAUUGGGAUGCAGGUGUUUGGGAACAUCAAGCUAGAUGAGGAAAGUCACAUUAACCGUCACAACAAUUUCCGCAGCUUCCUUGGUUCUCUCAUGUUACUGUUUAGAAGCGCUACAGGGGAGGCAUGGCAGGAGAUUAUGCUUUCAUGCCUAGAAGGGAAAGGUUGUGAGCCAGACACUACAGCAACAUCUGGACAAAAUGAGAAUGAGAAGUGUGGCACAGAACUAGCAUAUGUCUACUUUGUCUCCUUCAUCUUCUUUUGCUCCUUCUUGAUGCUCAAUCUCUUUGUGGCUGUCAUUAUGGACAAUUUUGAAUACCUGACUCGAGAUUCUUCCAUCUUGGGACCCCAUCACCUUGAUGAAUUUGUCCGGAUUUGGGCAGAAUAUGAUAGAGCUGCAUGUGGCCGCAUCCAUUACACUGAGAUGUAUGAAAUGCUGACUCUCAUGUCCCCACCACUAGGCCUCGGGAAGAGAUGUCCCUCCAAAGUUGCUUAUAAGAGACUGGUCCUGAUGAACAUGCCGGUGGCUGAAGACAACACGGUGCAUUUCACUUCCACCUUGAUGGCAUUAAUUAGAACAGCUCUUGAUAUUAAGAUCGCAAAAGGUGGUGCAGACUGGCAACAGUUAGACUCUGGGCUCCAGAAGGAGAUUCUGACCAUUUGGCCUCACCUUUCUCAGAAGAUGCUAGAUCUAUUGGUACCCAUGCCAAAAACUACAGACCUGACAGUUGGGAAAAUCUAUGCAGCCAUGAUGAUAAUGGACUACUAUAAGCAGAGCAAAGCUAAAAAGCAAAGACAGCAGCUGGAAGAACAGAAAAAUGCCCCAAUGUUCCAGCGCAUGGAGCCUUCAUCUCUUCCUCAGGAGAUCAUUUCCAAUGCCAAAGCUUUGCCUUACCUUCAGCAAGACACUAUUUCAGGACUGAACAGCCGUAGUGGAUUCCCCUCCCUGAGUCCACUCUCUCCCCAAGAGAUAUUCCAGUUGGCAUGUAUGGAUUCAGCCCAUGGAGAGUACCAAGAACAGCAAUCUCUGGAGCCAGAAAUUAGAGAGCUUAAAAGAGUGCAGCCCUCUAACUGUGGCAGUUAUCUCCCGGUGGAUACUCAGGAACGAGCUGUAUCUGGGAGGGCUUCUUCCAUGCCACGCCUGACUGUGGAUCCCCAGGUAGUAACAGAUCCUGGCUCCAUGAGACGCUCAUUUUCUACCAUCCGAGAUAAACGGACAAAUUCCUCCUGGCUGGAUGAGUUCUCAAUGGAAAGGAGCAGUGAAAAUACCUACAAGUCUCGUCGUCGCAGUUACCAUUCUGCACUGCACCUGUCUUCACGCCGUCUCAACACAGAUUCAGGCCAUCGAUCUGAUACACAUCGGUCAGGAGGCAGAGAACGAGGCCGUUCCAAGGAACGAAGACAUCUACUCUCUCCAGAUAUUUCUCGUUGCAACUCAGAGGAAAGGAGUCCACAAGCAGAUAUUGAUUCUCCAGAGCGACAUCAUUCCAGGUCUCCCAGUGAAGGCAGGUCACAAACUCCCAAUAGACAGGGCACAGGCUCCUUGAGUGAGAGCUCCAUCCCUUCUCUGUCUGACACCAGCACACCAAGGCGAAACCGCCGUCAACUCCCUCCAGUGCCACCAAAGCCACGACCCUUCAUCUCCUACACUGCUAUGAUGCAGCACUGUGGUGACACCUCCCCACCACCUGACGACAGUGAGGGGGGCUCCCCUCUGCUUUCUGGGACUCUGGAGACAAACAAUACCUGCUUGACUGAGUCUUCCAGCUCCCUCCAGGGAAAGCAGAGCCUUCUCUCCACUCCCCAGCACUACAUCUCAGAGCCUUACCUGAUGCUCCAGGAUGACUCCCACGCUUCAGACUGUGGUGAGGAGGAGACACUCACUUUUGAGGCUGCUGUGGCCACUAGUCUUGGCCGCUCCAACACAAUUGCAUCGGGGUCCCGCUCUAGGCAUGGUUGGCAGAUGCCCAAUGGGCAUUACCGGAGGAGGAGAAGAGGAACGUCACAAAGCAUGAUAUAUGGGGCUGGCAUCGAAGUACUAAGUGAUACGGAAGAAGAUGACAAGUGCUAGAAGCAACUUCCUCUCCCCUGUCCCCCUUGAUGCAUGCUGAUUGCCACAUUUGAAAUGAAAUGAAAUGGAUAUCAAAUGCAGGGG